GCGGAUCAGACCUCAGACUGUGACAGACCGUGACCCAGAGCAGAGCCCACGUCAGAGAUCUCCCUCGGACCACGAUGAAGCCUUUCGUCCUUCUUGUGUUUGUGGUUCCGGUCCUGUCGGCGGGCCCGGGCUGCGGACCGUGUGACCCGGCUCAGUGCGCUCCUCUCCCGGCGGGUGGAUGCCCCGGCGGCUCUCUGCUGGAUCCCUGCGGCUGCUGCUCCGUCUGCGCCGCCGCGGAGGGAGAGAUGUGCGGCGGCCGCCGCGCGGCAGCGCGCCGCUGCGGCUCCGGACUGGAGUGCGUCAAAAGCGACGAGGACAAGAAGAACAAGGUGGGAGUCUGCGUCUGUAAGUCCAACUACGAGGUCUGCGGGACCGACGGGCUGACGUACAGGAGCGGCUGCGCACUGAAGAGCGCCAGCCUGGCAGCCCAGACCCAGGGCAAAGCUCCCAUCCACGUCCAGAACAAGGGGCGCUGUGCUACAGCUCCAGUCAUCGUCACUCCUCCAGGUGAAGUCUACAACGUGAGCGGCUCUCAGGUGUACCUGAGCUGUGAGGCCGUGGGUGUGCCCACACCUGUCCUCACCUGGAAGAAGGUCCUCAGUGGGAAGAAGAAGAUGGAGCUUCUUCCUGGAGACAGAGACAAUCUGGCGAUUCAGACCAGAGGAGGACCAGAGAAGCAUGAAGUGACGGGCUGGGUGCUGAUCUCUCCUCUGACCCAAGAAGAAGAAGGAUCGUACGAGUGUCACGCCACCAACUCUAAAGGUGAAGCUUCGGCCGUGGGAGCCAUCCACGUGGUCCAGUCCAUCGAUGACAUCACCGUGAAGACAGUGACGAAGGAAGAUGAACUGUGAUCAGCUGAUCAGAGAUCAGUGCAGACCUUGGUCAAACAGCUGGAGCUGAUGCGACGCUUUGAAAGUUUAAAGUUUAAACCUUCGCAGCUUUUUUCUCUUUUUCUUUUAAGAUUAAAACUUUUUGCUAAAAUAAAUUUUUCUUCUUUUAACAUUUUAUAGUUUUUUUUCUUUAUUAACAGCAACUGAAAUCAAUCAGACUGGUUACCAUAGCAACAGCACUGAUUGAUCAAACGUUCUCAGCUCAGUUUGUUUUCAACAGAAAAAAAUACUUUGAACAAAUGAAAAUAUCUUCGUUUUUCUCUUAAUAAAAUGAAAUGUCACUGACA